AUGACGUUCGCCUGUGUUUUUGUCGUGUGAACUUUUAUACGGAGAAUAUUUUGUGAUAACGCAAUUUUAAAAACAUAAAAAAAAUAAAGCAGUGCGCGAAAUUAUGUGCAUAGUUUAAUGUAAAAACUUGGUUCAUAGUGGUGUAUUGUUACAUUUGUCGCCAGAUAAAGUUGGAAGGAUAGGUGUUUGAUAGUGAUUGUAUCAUAUCAUAUUUAAUAUAAUACGUAAAAUGUGUGCUUACAAUGAGUGUUAGUGAUGUGAAAAAAGUGAAAAGAAAUGGGUGUCAGAUUGAAACAUCCGUUCAAAGAGAAAUAUUAUAGUUGCCCACCAAAAUGGAUAUGAUUUCGGAUCUAUCGCCCUUGAGUCCGGGUUUGAUAGACGAGUUGGAGGCCUUCAUGGCGCCUGUCAGCGAAGGCUGCUACCCGCCGCAGCCGCUCGAUGCCCGGCGGGUUGGCGGCCACCAGCUACCAGAGAGUCCACCAGACUCCGGUUCAGAAAACCCUUACAGCCCAGACACUCAAGUUUCUCACACCAUAUCUGUAUCCCAGACCAUUUUAGGGCCAGACUACAUGCUCGUCCCGGAACAUUUAAACAUCCACGAAGUUCUCCAAAACGGGGAAUAUAUCUACGAAGAGCUAAAAGACAAUCUAGACGAUGUAGUUGUCAUGCCAGAUAGCGAUCUAGGCUUGAGAGUACGUGAAAUGUUGCCAGAACCGUACCAGAAUCGGUACAGCCAAAUGAGGGUAGAUAUGGAUAUGGAACAAGGGAUCAUGGCUCCAAUUGUGUUAAGUCAUGAAGCACCCGUGUACACGAAUUUGCAAGAACCGACUGGGAAAAAGAGGAAAUUGUCGCAAGAUGUGAAUUCGCAAGUAAAAUGUGAGCCAGCGGCUCUAUCACCAGAGACCCUAGUCCGACCCCCGCCUUCAGUAGACGGCUCUGAAGCGGGAGACGAUGCCCCCCAGCAGAGCAUACGCUUUGCUACCUUCCAGCAAACCGCUUGGCACGCUCUGUUCGACGGGAAUUUGAAGCCCAUCGCAACCCCCUCCUACAUAGUAGGCGCAGACAAAGGUUUCAACUACUCGCAAAUAGACGAAGCGUUCGUUUGCCAAAAGAAAAAUCACUUCCAAGUGACUUGCCAAAUGCAGGUCCAAGGAGAACCACAAUAUGUCAAAACGGUAGACGGAUUUAAGAAGAUUAACAACUUCUGCCUGCAUUUUUAUGGGGUUAAGGCAGAAGACCCAAGCCAAGAAGUAAGGAUCGAGCAGAGUCAGUCAGACAGAACUAAAAAGCCUUUUCAUCCUGUACCUGUGGAAUUACGUCGUGAAGGCGCCAAGAUAACAGUCGGCAGAUUACACUUCGCCGAAACGACGAACAAUAAUAUGAGGAAAAAGGGCCGACCCAACCCUGACCAGAGACAUUUCCAACUCGUGGUAGCCCUGAAAGCCCACACUGGGACAGCUGCUUAUAUUGUAGCUGCUCAGGCUAGUGACAGGAUUAUAGUACGGGCAUCGAACCCGGGACAGUUCGAAUCGGACUGUUCAGAGAACUGGUGGCAACGAGGCGUGUCUGAAAACAGUGUGCAUUAUAACGGUCGGGUUGGCAUCAAUACGGACAGACCGGAUGAGACUUGUGUUAUUAAUGGUAAUCUAAAAGUAAUGGGCCACAUAGUGCAUCCAUCGGACGCAAGAGCAAAACACGAUAUACAAGAACUAGAUACGGCACAGCAGUUGAAAAACGUACAGAGCAUACGUGUUGUCAAAUUCAACUACGACCCCUCCUUCGCGGCCCAUUCGGGUCUAGUAGGUUGGGACCCCGUACGGGGCGCGGGCGAUACCGGUGUACUAGCACAGGAACUACGCACAGUGUUGCCUGAUGCUGUGAAAGAGGCCGGUGACGUCACAUUGCCUGAUGGCGACACUAUACACGGGUUCCUCGUGGUUGAUAAGGAUCGUAUAUUCAUGGAAAAUCUCGGUGCAGUGAAAGAGCUUUGCAAAGUGACGGGCAAUUUGGAAUCCCGGAUAGAUCACUUGGAGAAGAUCAACCGGAGGCUGUGCAAGAUCAGCGCGUUGCAGAGGAGAGAUAGCUCGAGGUCUAGUGGGAGUAAUGAUUCCCGAUUCUCAGGCAUUUCGGCCACUUCAAAAUCAUUUUACAGCGAUGGCAACAUUUCAAUAGAGCAAAUACGCGACAUCGCCCGCAGUAUCCGCCGGCACGAGUGUUGCCAUAAACUCAGUCACAACUCCCCGAAAUUUACCCGAAAACAAUGCAAAAAUUGCCAUGUCUAUUCCAAAUAUGGAAAAUAUUACAACUACAAUAAAAAUUGCGUGCGAUACCACUCGAAUAAAUCGGAAAAAUGGGAAAAAUCGGAGAAAUCGGAAAACAACGAUAUACCCACUUAUGUUAGUACGUUCGAUUCGAAGUUGCCAGAUGACAAUUUUAGUACGUUUUCAAAGAAGAAAGAUUCGUGUCUAUGGUUGAAGGAAGAUGACAGUUUUGGAUAUGGCAACAUUUGUUGUAGGAAAGUGAAUGAUGGCAAUGAAUUGAUUUCGAACAAGUUUCUGCAGAUUGUUAUUACUAUACUGAUUUUUAUUAUGGCCGUAUGUCUGGUAGUAAUGUCAGCGCUAUACUUCCGCGAACACCAAGAGCUGCUCUCCAUGAAGGAAAUACGAAUGCACGAGAAAUUCUCCAACUACCCGCAUUAUGGGAAAUUUAAUGUUAACGGCGUGCCGCAUCGGGCAACACCACCAGACCUGAAUCAGAUACAUAAUUCAAAACCGCAACAUAUAGCAACAAAGAAAGCUACAAAAGAAAAAACUCCGCACAAAAGUCCAGAAUAUACUUCUAUAGAUCCGCCGCCUCCCACUCCCACUACAAUACACGCUUCAAGGAAUUACGUUAAAAAUGUGCUGCACAUAGAACAAGGCGCUGCACCUAGACGUGGCAACACUAUAUUAACUCGAGUUGCUGACGUCAUCGGCGGUGGUUGUGCGUACACUGGCAACACUGAUAAUGAGCUGUUGGCGGAUUGCCAGUCCUCCUGCGGCCUAGACUCACAGACAUACGAAAACCAAGAACCAUUAGAACGAAUAAAACCAGACAAAGUCCUGAACGAUACAUAUCUAGAGCCUAUCAAAGAGAAGGUCAUCACUCCAGUGAUAGCGAAAAACAAUUCAGAAAUAAAGGACUUGAAAUAUAAAGAGGAAAUUAUAGCUGAGUCUAAUUUUUUGGACGCGAAAAAUAUAAGCGAAGUCAGGUUGAAAAGGGAGGUCGGUGUUGAGGGUCUGAUGAAGACGAGCUCAGAGGAAAUGGUGCUUGGACAGUCCGAUGAGAGUGGCACAGAUUGCGACACAAUAUCAAUAAGCGUGUCAAACCCGUCCAUACAAAACACGACACUUUUAACCGAGACAAUUUGUGGCGCUGCUAACGUGAGCCUCACUGUACCGCUGUCGCAUUGUUUGCAGCAUAAACACUUGGAUAUUAUGUUUCGCACACGGCUAGCACUCCGUCUGUGCGGGCUGCGCUGCACAGCUCCGACCAAGCUGUGCCAGCUCCACCGCUCGCUGGCCGCGCCCGUACUCGCACCAUACGGCUGGUUAUCUAGGCUAGCGCUGGACUGUGGGGAUAGUGACGUGCGGCUGCGAGCUGGACAUGCGCUGCUUGAGGAUUUGUGCUACUUGAAGCCGGACAAGAUUGACUUCAUCGAAUUCAACAUUCACAUUUACAGAGAUUGCCAUAACUAGAUGAUAUAUAAAUGCAAUAAAAUCACCCUGUCCGUCCUGAACAUAAUAUUGUCAUUUUUGUUAAUUAUCUAUAUAAGUAUUUAUUUAAAAUUAUAUAUGUUUAUCA